AUGGCAGAUUAUUAUACAUAUCAGAGGAAACGAAGAGAUCUAGGGAAGCCUUGCAAUUUUUAAGAUAGUGAAAUAAAAAUAGCAGGUUAUACAAAGACAAUAGCAAUAAUUCCAAAUUAUGUGAAAAGAAAUCCAAAUCAUAUAGAUUUAGAUAAUAUAGCAGAAUAUUCAGAGCAUUCUGUAUGAAUUUAAUAAACUAAAACAUAGGUGAAUACAGAGAGAGUAUCAACAGGAGAUAAGGUGAUGUGUCAUAAAGAAGGAGGGGUAUUAUAAUAUAUGCAACAGUUGUUAGUGGCCUACAGGUAUAGACCCAAUGGAGUAGCAAGACUAAAAUAAAUACAGAAGAAGAUUUGAGAAGGAUGCAGCAUUUGCAGUUGCUGUGAAAGAGUUAAGUAAUACAGUGGAAAAAUGCAUUCUUUAGAAUAAUUAAAUAGAUUUAUUUGAGGAAUAUUUUUUAGAUGAGGAAAGUGAGCAUUAGGUUGAAAACUUAAGUACUAAGACAUUGAUGUUAUUUAAGUAUUGUAAAAUGCAUAAGUAGGGAUUAAUCAUAAGGAGUGAAGAGAUCUGUAUCAGAAAUAUCUUGGCAUCCAGAAGGACCAAUAAAAGCAGCUGUUUCUUAUGCAAUAAGUAGAUUCUAAUAAAUGCCAGAAGGAAUGUUGAAAUCUUCAUUUGUUUGGGAUUUAUAAAAUCCAAAUAGUCCUGAAUUUGAAUUAGAGACUAAUUCACCAAUAACUAAUUUGAUGUAUAAUCCAAAAUUAUCUGAUUAAAUUGGAGGUGGUUGUUAUAAUGGUUUAGUAGCUGUUUGGGAUGUAAAAAGAGGUAAAUAACCUGUAUUAACAUCACCUGUUGAGAAAUCUCAUCAUGAUCCAAUAACUCAUUUUUAAUGGUUAUUUAGUAAGACCGGUACAGAAUGUGUAACAACAUCAACUGAUGGUCGUGUAUUAUGGUGGGAUACAAGAAAAUUAAAUGAAGGUCCAAUAGAAUCAUUAAAUGUAACGGAAGGAUCAAAUCCAAAUGAUCCAUUAAUUGGUGCUACUGUAUUAGAAUAUAAUACAGAAGCNAAAAAUAGAUCAUGA